UGCGCUGUGCCGCGCCUGUAUUUCUUCUGCGCAAUCGUUGAUCCGUCAGCGUUGUGUUUACAUUUAUUUAUUUAAAAAUAAAUAGCUUUUUUAAAUUAUUUAUUUCUAAAUGUUGGUUUUGUAUAUCUAUACAUGAUGAUGUAUAAUUAAAUGAUCAUAUAAUGCAUUAUAUGUAAAAUAAAGAUCUGCAAUGGUGUAGCCAAUCGAUCGCGAAUUUUUGUGUCAUCAAGCCAAGAAUCAUCAGGAUCAUCGCCUAGUAUAUGGAACCGACAAGUAACUUCCUAUUCUAUCUUAUUUACCGAGCGGUAGCUGAGAAAGUAUAGUCCAAAAUAAUUUCUUCAUUCUCACUCUGUAUGUCGUACUAUAAAUAGCCGCUAGCAGGUAAUCAGUACGUAAUCAGCGCGAUGUGGAAGUGGACGUUCGUGUGUGUCUGCGCCGCGGCGGUGUUGGCGGACGAGGGCUCGCGCGUGGUGCGACUUGCGCAGGGUCCCGUGCGAGGAUACAGGGACCCUCAGGGAGACUUGUUUGCUUUUUACAGCGUCCCGUACGCGACCGCGCCUACUGGACCACAUAAAUUCAAGCCACCGGUGCCACCACCGACUAACCAAGAGCCAUUGGAGGCCGUAGAUAAAGGAAUAAUAUGUCCCCAGGCGGAUUUAGGAUUCAUAGAUAUGCUAAACUUUACCAUGAAAGAAGAUUGUCUGAUUGCAAAUAUAUUUGUACCUGAUACACAAGAGGAUAACCUACCAGUUUUAGUAUAUGUCCACGGGGGCGCUUUCCAAAUAGGUUACGGUCAAUGGUUUCAAUUAAAAAAUGUUGCUCGAACUAAAAACAUUAUCGUCGUAACAUUUAACUACCGCCUCGGCGUGCAUGGUUUUCUUUGUUUGGGAACUAAAGACAUUCCCGGUAAUGCUGGUAUGAAGGAUCAAGUGGCUUUACUGCGCUGGGUGAAAGACAACAUACAUGCAUUUGGUGGAAACCCCAACGACGUAACCUUAGGCGGCGGCAGCGCUGGUGCGGCAUCAGCGGAUCUACUAAUGUUGUCGAAAGCUUCUAAAGGUUUAUACAAAAAAGUAAUACCAGAGAGCGGUUCUAGUUUGGCAGCUUUUGCAAUGCAACCAGAUCCUUUGGAAAACGCCAAGAACUUUGCAAAACAGUUAAAUUUUAGAAAUACCAACGACAUUUCGGCUUUGGAAAACUUUUAUAAGUCUGCUACCCUGGAACAGCUCACAUCAGAUGCAUUCUUUGAUAAAAAAAAUUCAACAUUUGUUUUCUCACCGUGCGUUGAACGCAAUAUCGGCGAUGAAGUCUUUCUCGAUGAAGACCCCCUCACAAUUUUACAGAAUGGAAACUACGAGAAACUUCCCUUACUCAUCGGUUUCGCUAACAUGGAGGGUUUAUUACGUAUCGAUUUCUUUGAAACGUGGAAAAAUGCAAUGAAUGAAAAGUUUUCUGAUUUCCUACCAGCUGAUUUAACUUUCAAAAAUGAGGAGCAAAAACAAGAAAUUGCCAACAUUGUCAAACAAUUUUACUUUGGUGAUAAACCUGUAAAUAAUGACAAUAUCCUAUCGUACGUGGAUUUCUUUUCGGAUGUUAUAUUCAAUGUUCCGGCUUUGCGGUCUGUUGAGUUCCAUUUGAAGAACGGUCACGACAAAGUGUAUCUCUACGAGUACUCAUUUACUGAUGACGAGAUUCCUUUGGUUCCACACACGGAAGUGCGUGGCGCUAACCACUGCGCACAAACCAUGGCUUUAUUAGACGGGGCACAUUUAUUAGAACUAGAUGAAGAAAAUGUUUCUAAAGAAUAUAAGAAAAUGAAAUCGGUAAUGAGAGAACUAUGGUCCAACUUCAUUACAACCGGAUUCCCAGUGCCAGAAGGUUCCCCGUUACCAUCAUGGCCGGCCGUGCGCGCGAACUUGACGCCGUACAUGUCGCUGGGACAGACGCUGGAGCUGAAGGGUGCUUUGCUGCAGCAGCGCGUGCGCUUCUGGAACGACAUUUACGACAAAUACUAUCAUACGCCGGUGCCGCCACUUACACCUGUUACAUUAAAUACUGAACUUUAAGUUGAUUAUAAUACUUAACAUUUUAAAUAAAACCACUUGUUAUGGUAGGUAUGUUAAAUAAUAUUUAUUCAAAUAAGAAUACCGUUUAUUUGUAAUAUUGUAAUAUUUGUGACACAACUGACUGAAAGAAGUUUGUAAUAUUCUACUAGAAUAUGUUAGUUACAGCCGAUAAUAGAGGUAUUUUACCGGAAAAUAAAUCACAUAUUAAAUA